AUGAAACUGAAGGCAAUAUUUUUCAAGAUCAUAUUGCUGAAUAUUCUUCUGACAUAUAUCACUUUCUUUCUUUCUUUCUUUCUUUCUUUCUUUCUUUCUUUCUUUCUUUCUUUCUUUAAACGUUAUUCUAUUUUUCUUCGUUCCUCCCGGUUUUGCUUUGCUUCUUUCUUCCUUUUUUCCAAUUAUUGUUUCUUUUUAACUUCCAUGUCCGUGGUUUUCUUUUUCUUUUCUGAUUUCAUACAUAUAUUCUUUCUUUCUUUCUUUCUUUCUUUCUUUCUUUCUUUCUUUCUUUCAUUGCUUUGUUUUCCCUUCCUCAUUUAUAGAUUUUCAUCAGUUUCUUUCUUUACUUAUUUAUUUCUUUUUGAUCUUUCCUAUUCUAAAACAGGAUGCUUCCAUCUUUCUUUCUUUCUUUCUUUCUUUCUUUCUUUCUUUUCCAUUUUCUCUUUUCCUCUACCUUCACCAAAUGCCUUUUCUUAUCGAUACAUUCUUUCUUUCUUUCUUUCUUUACUAAGACAGUUUCUUUUUUCUUUCUAUUUUAUAACAUUUGUUCCUGUUUGUUUCUUGUUUGUUUUAGCAAAAGUUAUAUUUUGCGACUUUUCUCUUUUAUUUCAUAUUUCUUUUUUCUACACAUUCAUUUACUCACUCCUUCUGAAAUUACUUCCCCUCCUUAUCCUCUUAUAUUUUCUCCUUUUUCUUCUUUAUUUAUUUUUUGUCUUGCAUUUUUCCAGUUUUCAUUAA